CGGCCUCCUCCGUUAUAAGCGCCGGUGGACGGAACCGGAAGACGGGACAGAUAUUUCUUCCUUGAGGUCAAGUCGUCUCGUGCUCGUCCCCCUCGCCGUCCGCAGCCGGCAGCUCGCACCACCAGCCAAGCUCACACAUCAAGACAAUAAACAGAGCCUCGUCUGUUUGGGGCCAAUCAAACCCAACAGCAAAGGUUCAUGUCUGAUCUGGACUCCCAGGUUCCAUCUGCUUUUGAUCCGUUUGCUGAGGCAAAUGCUGAGGACUCUGGCGCUGGUGCCGGAUCAAAAAACUAUGUGCAUGUGCGUGUCCAGCAGCGCAACGGAAGAAAGAGUCUGACAACUGUUCAGGGAUUAAAGAAAGAGUACAGCUACAACAAGAUUCUCAAGGAUCUCAAAAAGGAAUUCUGCUGUAAUGGUACUGUAGUUCAGGAUUCAGAACUAGGCCAGGUCAUUCAACUCCAAGGUGAUCAGCGUAAGAAUGUUGCUACUUUUCUAGUUCAGGCUGGACUAGCAAAGAAAGAGAGCAUUAAGAUCCACGGAUUUUAGGCAACACAUAAAUGCUUGUGUGUUGUCACAGAAGCUGGAAGUUAUCGUAUGCCUGGUAUUCAUAUAAGACAUUUGAAUUAGUAGUGGUGCGAGGCAUCUGUGGUUGAUGCUUGCAUUUAAGACUUGAAUCAGUAUUGGUGUGUUUGAUGCGAGUUGGCAUACCCUAUGGUUUGUAUGUGCUACCAGUAUCAAAGUAUGGAUUAUCUGGGUUAUUGUCUACUAAAUAAAUGUACUUCUGGCUUGUCAUCCUGUAAUCAUUUGUCUCUA